GAUCUCAUCCGUAGUGGACAGAAAUGAGUGAGAGGGCUGUAAGGUGGUCUCCUAAACCACAGGAUUGGGAAAAGAAGAACCAUCCUACAAACCAGAAGUCAUCACAUGGGCUACAGACAUUUACAUUUUCAUCGUCUUAUUUGAUUGAUUCCAUUCUGGGCAAAGAUGCAACCAAAGACACUGGGAUCGACAGAGGAGUGGAUACAAUGGGUCCUACAUCUCUCAAAGGGACUGAGAGUCAAUCCAACAAGUCCAAGCAGAUAUCAGUAACACAUCGUAUUGCUCCUGAGGAGAACAAAAAAGCUACUUCACGGCUACAAGAAGAUACCAGGAUGGAGCUCCCAGUAAAUACUAGUAGAGAGACAGAGUUGGGCUCCAGCAGAGACCCAACAGAGCAGCUGACAGCAGAAAGCCUAGAUGGACACAACAUCAACUCAAAGAAGCAACGACUUUAUCGAACCACCUUUACUCAUUUCCAGCUGGACCAACUGGAGAGGGCUUUCCACAAAUCUCAUUAUCCAGACAUUUUUGCCAGAGAAGAACUGGCGACAAGUCUAACUUUGACGGAGGCAAGGGUCCAGGUGUGGUUCCAAAACCGCAGAGCCAAGUGGCGUAAGCUUGAGAAGGCUGGUGUUUUGAGCUUGGCCCCUGGGCUACCUCUAACCAACCCCCUGAGCCUGUACUUGGAUGUCCCCCUGCACCAGGCCUCUAUGGUGGAGCCAUCCUGGGGGGGAACCCCACAUACAGUCUCUCUAUAUGGGCCUGACUCUGUAGGAACCCUGGAUAUUGGCACUCUGGCCUGUGUCUCACUGUGUGGACAUCCUCUUAUCCAUCCAAACUUCAGCAGGUUUUUAACUGUGAUGAAUCCUUCCGGUAACACUCCAACCCUGAUGACCAAAGCUACCAGACCAUCCCAGACCAGACCAGCUGCCAUACUGGGUAAUGACAGGAGGCUACUGCCCACACCAAGCAGUACUCUGUCCACAGACAGUAGUCCAACAGAUUAAGGGACAUUAUCCAGUCCAUCUUGUCCAUGCUUGGUUUAUAUUGGUGCAGUGUUUUGUUAGCUGAAUGUCAGCAUCAUCAGAUUCAGUUCAAAUGUUUGUAGUUUGUCCUGUAUGAUUUAUUGAUUUAGUAUUUGUAGUUUGUCCUGUAUGAUUUAUUGAUUUAGUAUUUGUAGUGUGUCCUGUAUGAUUUAGUAUUUGUAGUGUGUCCUGUAUGAUUUAGUAUUUGUAGUGUGUCCUGUAUGAUUUAUUGAUUUAGUAUUUGUAGUUUGUCCUGUAUGAUUUAUUGAUUUAGUAUUUGUAGUUUGUCCUGUAUGAUUUAGUAUUUGUAGUUUGUCCUGUAUGAUUUAUUGAUUUAGUAUUUGUAGUGUGUCCUGUAUGAUUUAUUGAUUUAGUAUUUGUAGUUUGUCCUGUAUGAUUUAUUGAUUUAGUAUUUGUAGUGUGUCCUGUAUGGUUUAGUAUUUGUAGUGUGUCCGGUAUGAUUUAGUAUUUGUAGUGUGUCCUGUAUGAUUUAUUGAUUUAGUAUUUGUAGUGUGUGCUGUAUGAUUUAUUGAUUUAGUAUUUGUAGUGUGUCCUGUAUGAUUUAUUGAUUUAGUAUUUGUAGUGUGUCCUGUAUGAUUUAUUGAUUUAGUAUUUGUAGUGUGUCCUGUAUGAUUUAUUGAUUUAGUAUUUGUAGUGUGUCCUGUAUGGUUUAUUGAUUGAAUGUAAAGAUGUUGGACAUCUUACAAAAUACCUGUACUAUAUACAGUGGGGAGAACAAGUAUUUGAUACACUGCCAAUUUUGCAGGAUUUCCUACUUACAAAGCAUGUAGAGGUCUGUCAUUUUUAUCAUAGGUACACUUCAACUGUGAGAGACGGAACUAGUGGCAAAUACAGUACAGUGCAUAUGGAUACGUAUGUCUUUUUUCCAGGUUAUGUUCAUCCACAAAUGAUAUUGACCAAGCUUUCAGAUAACAUUAUUGACUUUGUUAAAAGGGAUCGAGACAUAACAAUCACUCUAGUUGAUGGUCAAUCAAAACGUCCUUCAAAUGUCUUGCACACAAAAAACACAAUUUCAAAAGCAAUAGACCAGCUAACAAUGGGACACCAUGAUUUGACAGAUGAGUCCGUUAGGCUCCUCUAAACAAUAGUCAGCUUGGAUUUCAGGAGCAGCCUACCUGUCAAUGGGAAACAAUUAAGGCAAUAAAUGACUGCAAAGCUUCAAAUGCCCGCUGAAAUCAGAUGGGAAUGACUUCGGUCCUGCCUUAACAGACAAAUAACACACAUAUUGUUGACCAUUACUGUUCAACUAGCCAUGCAGACCGGGGCCACUCAAAUGUUUCAUGGGUGAUGAGACUGAUGUUCACGACCCCAUCUUGACUCAAGCGUAUUUUCAAAAUAAACUUUACUCACCCUAUCUGCUCUAACUGAUAUCAUCAGCACUAGUGUUCCUACAUUAUGUUCUCUUAAAAUAAAUACAUGAAUGGAAGUGUAUUGCUUCCGAUAAGGUUUGUAAACAUUGCUGGUGUGCUUAGUAUUCAGUAAGAAGCACAGGGACCAAUUUGUGGCUCUGAUUCACCUAUUCUCUUGGAUGGGAACAAAUACAACCAUCAGAAAGGCAAUGACGCAUGACCAAAUACUUGUUUCUGCAGGACAGUCUGUCUGUGUACAUACACUACAGAAAACAGAAGGUAGCGGCAACAUUGGCAGUAGCUUGUUCUCAUACAGAUUAUUUUUUCAAGUUAUGCAGACUUUGCCACCCUCAGCGCAAUUCAGAGAAAUAGUGGGUUCAUCAGUAAUGUAUCUGAUGCUUUUCUUGGAAAAGAGGAUGUGGUGAUUUGAAAAGGGACUAUCCUUUCUCAGUAAGAUUUCUAUGUUUCUUUGUAAGUAUAAAUAAUCACAAGAAGCUUAUGCUCUGGCAUCCUGUUUCCUGCCACUGAGUUGCCCUGUUAUUUACAUCAGUUCUUCAUCAUUUCUUGCUCCAUAAAUUGUAUACUAUUCAAUUGUUUGGGCCAACAGAGAAUUGAUUAAAAAAAGACA